AUGGCCACACAACAGAUCAGUUCGGCAACGCCCAUCCCCGUGAUUGAUGAUGCUGCGUCACGUCGUGCAAAGAAGCGGGAACUCGACAGACGCGCUCAGCGUGCAGCACGUGAGAGGAAUAGGAAUCGCAUCGCUUACCUCGAGGCUACGAUUCAGGCCAUGAGCGAGCAAGAGUCCAGCGGUAGGAUCGCCAGCCUGAUGAAUCAACUUUCCGACAUGACGAGACAGAAGGACAACCUGGCCAAGGUGCUCUCCUCGAUUGAAACGUCCAUCCAGGUCCUUAGGGAAGGGGAGAAGGCAGAUGGCACCACCUCCACUGACCAGGCAUCCCGACUGCUCAAUGCGACCUCCAACUGUCAACCUUGGUCUGAGGACCAUGCCGCCUCCGAUUCACUCGCUAUGGACGUUGGAGAGGAUAGUAACCUGGGCGCGUUCGCCCCUGGCGAUGCCGCAAUGACCUGGGGCCUCCCGGCGUCUGGUACAGCCGGUCACCUCAUCACAACGGCAUCGGAGUUCUCCAGCGGUCUCUCAGCUCCAACAUCUUUCCCAUUGACAGGGGACCCCAAUCUCGAAACCUUCCCCGACUCCCCCCCAGCUCCCUCGGCUGGGCAGGGCGACGGCGUCAUUGUGCCCGAGCCUGAUUCGGCCUGUGAGUGUUUAGCCUCAAGACAGGAUCCCGGAAGUCCCGGUCUGCCGGCGGGUUCGAGUAUCUGGCGAAGUGCAAACGAGGCUCUUGGCGGUCGCGAGAUGCUGCCCAGGAAUGUGCUCGACAUGGAAGACGAGAUGAGCGACGAUAUUCCAGUACGCGUCAUCCUGGAAGGCUGGGACGCCGUUGAGCGGUCUGGCAAGUUACCGCCGCUUUGGAAGAAGUUGAGGCGGACCGACAGCCUCCAGUUCCGCAACUGCGCGGAUACUGAACGGCUGGCUAUCCUGAGACUUAUGCACCGACUCCUACGGUAUCAAGCGGAGCCUACAGUCGAGCAGUGCGCCAAGCUGCCCGCGUGGUAUCUUAGCAGGCCAUCGCAGUCGCUGCCUCACUCUUCAGCAAUAGACUUCUUUGUUUGGCCAGGAGUCCGAGAACGCUUUGUGUUUGCGCAACACCAGUACUGCUCGAACCUGUUCUGGAAGGUGUUUGCUAACAGCUUCCGAAUCAUGUGGCCCUUUGAGUUCCGCGAUUGCUACAGACGAAACGUAGAGACCGGGCGAUACACCGUGUCGCCAGAGUUCGAAGACAGGAUUAGGGACAUCAACUCGUGGACCAUGUCCGCGGAUUUCUUCAGUCACUUCCCAGAGAUUCGGCAGUUCGCCAAGGAGCAGGAGAAGUUCUGA